UUUUUUUAAAUUGAAAAAAUAAACAACGAAAAUUAUCAAUAUAAUGAUUGCCUCAACUAGUGAACAACAACAAAUGACUACUUCAAGUUUUGUUAAUAAUAAAACUUCGUUUAUAAAGGAGGAAAGAGAAGAAAAUAUUAAAGAAGCAGAUGGAGAGGAGAAUAAUGGAGAUAAACAGGUGAAUGCAAUGAGAAUUAAAAACAAAAAAAUCAGAAUUUAG